AUGCAUGCUGCUGCCACUUAUUCUCAACAUUCUAACGAUUAUCCACCAUUUUUAUCUUACAUGCGUAAUCAUCAUUGUUCAAAUGAUCUAAUUCGUACCGAUAUGUCUUUCACCAAUUCAAAUCCAACACAUUUACUACCUUAUAAUGAUUAUAAUAUUGGGCUUGAUUUAUCGUCCUCAUCAUCAUCGUAUUCAAAUGGUAUCAAACAAUUACAAAGUGAUGAUGAAAAUGAUAAUCCUCAAUCUUUAUCAUGUUCACUCAAUAGUACAACACAAAACUCACUAAUACCAUUAAAAAGACGUUCUCGUCGUGUUGCAACUGAAGAAAAAGAUGAGACGUAUUAUCAAAAACGUGAACGAAAUAAUCAAGCAGCAAAACGUUCACGUGAUACACGAAGAACUAGAGAACAACAAAUUCAAGAUCGUGUCAGUCAUUUAGAAAAUGAAAAUUCACGUUUAUCAUUAGAAAAUCAAGCAUUUCAAUAUCAACUUUCUCAAUUUCAUCGUUUAUAUAAUGGAAUACCCAAGCCAUUACCUUAA